AUGAAGUCCUUCACAGUGCUGCAGAAAUGCUCUAGACCAGCAACUCCGCUGGUCCUAGAUUUUCUGGCCCCGUCCACCAUCCGCUACCGACAAUACCACGCAACGCCAUCCUCCGCGGCAGAGCCCCAGUCAAGUCCGAAGCCAAAAUAUGUCCUCAACAAAAAGCAGCGAGAAUUCCUCGAGAGCGCGCUUCGAGUUAAUCAAGCCGGCGAAUUAGCUGCGACGCUGAUCUAUACGGCGCAGACGCCGCAGGUCGUCCGCUCGCACCCACACCUACGCCCGUUAAUGAAGCACAUGUACGACCAGGAAGCCGGCCACCUCAGCACGUUCAACAAGAUGAUUGCCAAGCACCGCGUGCGCCCGACAGCAAUGUACCCGGUGUGGGAAGCUGCAGCGACAUUCCUGGGUUGGUCGACGGGCGUCAUGGGACGGGAGGCGGCGAUGGCCUGUACCGAGGCUGUGGAGACGGAGAUCGGUUCGCAUUACAACGAGCAGGUCCGGGAGAUUCUGUCAUGGGAGGCGGAUGCGCAGAGUCGUGGGGAGGAGCUGGAUGAUGAGUUGAAGGAUAUGCUUGCGACUUUCCGGAGGAUCCGCGAUGAGGAGCUUGAGCAUCUGGAUCAUGCGGUUGAGAAUGAUUCGAAGGAGGCGCAGCCGUACGACCCGCUGGUCAAUGUUAUUCGACUUGGAUGCAGGACGGCCAUCAAGAUCAGCGAACGGGUAUGA